UCCUCCUCAAGUCUGGGAAAAGGGCUCCCGUAAAAAGCAGGCGUGGAGCUCGGGACAGCGAGCGAGAGCAGCCCGUGGGAACGUCCUCCAGCAGAAGCUCGUGGAGCCAAGGAGCAGAAAGGAGCUCAGCAUGUGGCCGACGGUCAGGGUCAGCGUGUGCCUUCUGCUCUGCUUCCUUCGCACGGCGGUGGCUCAAGACUGCUCCCAGCCCUGUGACUGUCCCUCAGAAGCCCCGCUUUGCGCCGUGGGCACCAGCCUGGUCCCGGACGAGUGCGGCUGUUGCAAGGUGUGCGCCGGGCAGGCGGGCGACCGCUGCUCCCUCCUGGAGCCCUGCGACCACCACAAGCAACUGUACUGCCAUUACGGCGCCGAGCCUGGCGCAAACACCGGCACCUGCAUGGCCCGCGAGGGUCAGACCUGUGACCUGGGAGGGGUCGUCUACCGCAGCGGAGAGAGCUUCCAGCCCAGCUGCCGACACCAGUGCGUCUGCAUGGACGGCGAGAUCGGCUGCGUGCCCACGUGCGGGGGGGUCGCGCGCCUGCCCUCCCCCGACUGCCCGUACCCGCGCCGCAUCCACAUCCCCGGGCGCUGCUGCGAGGAGUGGGCGUGCGAGCAGGUGCCCGAGGCCGGCCACUUCCAGUCUGCAGCGGGCACCACCUCGACAGGCACUUACAGAGAGGCCCCGGAUUACGACCUGUCUCCAGAGAGUGCGCGGGACAACUGCGUCGUCCAGACCACGGCGUGGAGCGAGUGCUCCACCACCUGCGGCAUGGGCAUCUCCACACGCGUCACCAACGACAACGAGCGCUGCCAGCUGGAGAAGCAGAGCCGCGUGUGCAUGGUGCGGCCUUGCCGAGCACUUCCGGACAUAGCCAUGAAGAAAGGGAAGAAGUGCCUGCGGACCCCAAGGGCUGAGCAAGGCUUGCACUUUGAGCUGUCGGGCUGCUCCAGCGUGCGCCUCUACAAGCCCCGGUUCUGCGGGACCUGCACGGACGGACGCUGCUGCACCCCACAGAGCAGCAUCACCGUAGAUGUGGAGUUCAGGUGCCCCGAAGGUGACAGCUUCCACCGAAAGAUGAUGCUCAUCAAGACGUGCACCUGCCACCGCGACUGCCCCCGCGACAACGACAUCUUCCUCUCCACAUCCCGCCGCUGGAUGAGCGGGGACUAUGACAACGAUAACGACAUGUGAAGCCGGAGGAAGCCGGAUCUUCCAUGCGACAAAGAUAAAAAACACAAGAUGAACUGAUUAUGUCUGCAAGUAUUUCUGCUCACUGACAGUUUAUCGCCACGGCAUCAGAUGAACUCCUCUCACUCCCGUCUCAAGGAGGUGCUUAAUCAUUCACACUAUAGUAAGAAAAACACUGAGAACAGAGCAAAAACGCACUUAGCAGUCCACGAGCCUCUAAAUUCUAAAUAAUGUACAAUUAAUAAUAAGUGUAAUGAUUGGUGCUUUACCACUAGAACAGCCACCCGGAGACGCAGGGGCUGCGUGUUUGCUAAGGCAGUAGACGAUAUUCAAAGGACUCGCACCGGAAGCACACGUUGUCCUUCACAGUGCGACGCUUGACAAGCCCCCUCUACAUGCCUCAGGGGAGCUCUUUUAAUUUAUGCUACAAACAACACAUUUCAAAUGUGGCUUCGUUGGCAAAAUACUGCCUUAUGUCACUUAGUGCAUUUAUAUUCUGAAUGAAAAGUUACAUCUUGUGUAAAUAGUGUAAAUAAGCAGUGUACAGUUUUGUACCAUAAUUUAAGUGGUUGAGUUCUGUCACUUGGUGACGUUGUACUGUAUUAAUGUACUCACUGCAACGCCUCGCCAUCCUUUGGGAGACACG